GAAGUCGGUAUUUUAAAUAUGGCUAGAUCUAUUUGUUAAGGCCAACUCAAUUUUCGUCAAGGUCGCUGAGAUGUAAAUAAGGUUAUAGGACACGUGAUUGUUGGCGAUAUUGAUUGUAGGUUAGGGUAAGCGUUAAGGCUAGGUCCAGGGUUAGGGUUGGGAUUAGCGCUAGCCCUGUUUAGCCUUCAUCUCGUGGUCUUUGACCAAACUUGAAGUUGACCUUAUCAAAUAGAUCUAACCCUUGAAUACCUACCCUAACAUCCUGUUUCACCGUGAGACAUAUUUUCUUAAAUCCCCAUCUUGGUUACGUCAGUUUCAUUGUUUCAUAGUCAAAGCACCGAAUUCGCCUAAAACUCAGUGCUCCUCUGUGUAAUAUUGGCUGUUCUGUUUCCUGUGUGUGCGUUCUGUAAAUGAACUGUUUAGUGGUCUCUUUGGUUCAACCCAAAGGUGAAUAAGUCAGUCCACCAAUCCUGCUACAUAUAGAACGCUAUGAUGUCGGUAGAUUCUGUCACCGGGUCCACUGCCACUGUAAAAUCCGGUUAUUUUUGAUAAUAAUAAUAAUAAAUAUGUUGUCAUGGAAUACCAGGUUUCGUUUGGUAAAAGUGGUUACUGGAAUGGUGGUCGGGUUACUGUUAAUUGUGUCAUUCCUGUUAUCCUCGUUGUUCCGACCACAAUAUUGGAAACACCUACCACAGCGGAAUUGGUAUGAAGACUAUUUUUUCGAAAAAUGGUACACACACUGUCAGAAUGACGACAAUAAUGUAGUUGAAGCAUGUAGCAGUGAAUUUGCCGAUUUGAAGGACGUGUUAGUGCUGCCUAUAUUGAACACAGACGAUGCUUUACCAACUUUUAGACUUAAUUGCAAAUCUCCACCAUCUGUUGUCUUUCAGGGAGCAAAUCAUUUAAAUGACUGGUAUAAAAAUAUAGAAUGCGUGGACAAAGAUAUGAGACAAAAAUCUUUCGUGUUUACAGAGAAACGUUUGACCAUAAUGGUACGAAGAGACGCAUAUACAAAUAUUUAUCAUACUAUGGCGGACUUCUAUAACGCUUUCUUGGUGAUGAAAAUUUUGAAAGGAACGCCGAACACAACACAUAUUUUACUCUGGGACCAACAUCCAAAAUGGGGACCCUAUAAUAUCUGGUCGACUUUGUUUGAAAAAGUUAUUCGAACAGCCGAAAUAAAUUCCGAAAAUAUUUAUUCCCAUUUGGCAUGGAGUAUUCUUGGUUCCAACAGCCCGUUAAAUGCAUUCCUUUUACCAACGGUGCCAUACUUAGAUGAAUUCCGCGAUAUCUUUCUAUCCAGAUUUGAGCUGUCCCCAGCCGCUAAGCUAAAUUGCCAACAUUUAAAUAUUCUGUUUGUAUGGCGGCACGAUUCAGUUGCUUAUCCUUGGUACCCAGUCGAACAUAUGAGGGGAAAACUUCUCAAUGAAUUAGAAGUUUUGGCUUCUGUUCGUCAGUUUAUGCCAGGGCAUGAAGUAAAAGGGGUUCAGCUUGACAGUCUUUCAUACAAAGCCCAAUUACAGUUAAUAGCGUCGACAGACAUUUUAAUUGGAAUACAUGGUUCUGGUUUAACGAAUGCCAUUUUUCUACCCGGCCAUUCUGGACUAAUUGAAAUGUUUCCCGAUUCCUCUAUAGAAUAUCCUUCCGCGCGCGAUCAUUUUAAAUAUAUUGCUGGAUGGCGUAAAUUGAAAUAUCUUCGAGGGGAUUACCGCAAGAAUAACUACAGGUUUCCAAAUUAUAAUAUUCAUAUUGAUCCCCAUAAUAUGAAUAAAUUAAUCAAUCAAAUGAAAGCAAAAAUAUGCUGAUUUGUUGUUUUGAGGGUUGAGAUGUAAUUGACGCUUUAGACCAGGUGUGUCUUUUCACCUCUCGGUUUGUCUGUGUCUGUUCUGCAGGAUGGGGGGCGUGGCAAGAAAUAUGCUUCAACUCGUUCGGAUAUGACGUAUAUCAGAAAUAUAAGUGUAUCAGAAAUAUAAAAAAAUAUCAAUGCAUCAGAAAUAUCAGUGUAUCAGAAAUAUCAGUGUAUUGGUGUAUCAGAAAUAUCAGUGUAUCAGAAAUAUCCAUGUAUUGGUGUAUCAGAAAUGUCAGUGUAUCAUAAAUAUCAAUGUAUUGGUGUAUCAUAAAUAUCAGUGUAUCAGAUCAAUGUAUUGUAUCAGAAAUAUCAGUGUAUCACAAAUGUCAGUGUAUCACAAAUGUCAGUGUAUCAGUGUAUCAUAAAUAUCAGUGUAUCACAAAUAUCAAUGUGUCAGAAAUAUCAGUGUAUCAGAAAUAUUAGUGUAUCAGAAAUAUUAGUGUAUCAGAAAUAUCAGUGUAUCAGAAAUAUUAGCGCAUCAGAAAUUUCAGUGUAUGAAAAAUAUCAGUGUGUGAGAAAUAUCAGAUUAUCAGAAAUAUUAGUGCAUCACAAACGUCAAUGUAUCCGAAAUAACAAUGUAUCAGUGUAUCAGAAAUAUCAAUGUAUCAGAAAUUCAGUGUAUCAGAAAUAUCGUCUUCGUAAGGAAUGACCAUGAAUCACUGUUGGAAGGUUUAUGGUGAGCCACGGUGGCUCAGUAAGUAAGACGUUGGCUGGCUAGCAUGGAGGGACAUUACACAUUGGCGUGCACGUAAAAGAACCCUUGGCAGUUGGAAUUCGAUACAAGAGUAGGGUGUAGCGCCGCUGUCCGGAUAAAAUGUCCCUCAUAUCGCACUGUAUGGCGUAUGCAUGUCUUCAUUAGCCCAGUCGGAGCAGAAGAGUAGGACGUUAAACCCCAUUUCAUUUCAUUUAUUUCUUAGAAGAUGAUAUUUUUCAAUAUAUGCAAAUUAUUGUU